AUCGUCAUAUUUUACUUGAAAAAUAAACCAAGUAUCUUGGAUUACCAAUGUAUGAAGUUUUCAAGGUAUGGAGUUUUCAUGAUUGAAAAUCAAAUUGUGAGAAAGUAAAGCAAGGCAUAGCAGAGACAUUCUGAUUCAUCAGUUUCUCUUUAUCUAAAGCUUGUUAAUUCAAAGAGAUAAUACCGGCUUUGGAUUCCGCAAUGGGGCAGAGUUAACAAGGGAAAUCAAUCCAUGUGAAGGACGCAUUAAUAAUUAAAUAACAUGUAAUAUAAUCCAAUGUAUUCUACAGAAAAUGAAACUCAGAGGUUAGAUCUGAAAAUCUUUUUGACUGGGCCAAUAAACUAUAUACACAGGAUAUUCCGCUGAAUUACAUUACCAUAGUGCUAGAAUCACUGGAUUACUUCAAAAUUGGGCUGAAUGAGGCUUUAAUAAUUUAUGACCAUCUACAAUCAAACAAAUCGUUAACUGACGUUGAUAAUUCUGCUGUGGCAAGAAUGUAAUGUAGCAUUGAAUAUUGAUGGCUUCAUCUCUACAGAGAAUCAAGCCUGCAUUGAGAAAACACCAAUUGUUGUUAUAAGAGUAUGAAUAAAUAAUUAUCAGAAUACUAACACACCAGCUAAUAUAAAAAUCAGGAUACUAUGGGCCAGCUAAUAUAAAUAUCGGGAUACUAUGGGGCAGCUAAUAUAAAUAUCAGGAUACUAUGGAGCAGCUAAUAUAAAUAUCAGGAUACUAUGGGCCAGCUAAUAUAAAUAUCAGGAUACUACGGACCAGCUAAUAUAAAUAUCAGGAUACAAUGGGCCAGCUAAUAUAAAUAUUGGGAUACUAUGGGGCAGCUAAUAUAAAUAUCAGGAUACUAUGGAGCAGCUAAUAUAAAUAUCAGGAUACUAUGGGCCAGCUAAUAUAAAUAUCAGGAUACUAUGGACCAGCUAAUAUAAAUAUCAGGAUACUAUGGGGGCAGCUAAUAUAAAUAUCAGGAUACUAUGGGCCAGCUAAUAUAAAUAUCAGGAUACUAUGGCCCAGCUAAUAUAAAUAUUAGGAUACUAUGGCCCAGCUAAUAUAAAUAUCGGGAUAUUAUGGGCCAGCAUAUAUAAAUAUCAGGAUACUAUGGGCCAGCUAAUAUAAAUAUCAGGAUACUAUGGAGCAGCUAAUAUAAAUAUCAGGAUACUAUGGGCCAGCUUAUAUAAAUAUCAGGAUACUAUGGGCCAGCUAAUAUAAAUAUCGGGAUACUAUGAGGCAGCUUAUAUAAAUAUCGGGAUACUAUGAGGCAGCUACUAUAAAUAUCAGGAUACUAUGGAGCAGCUAAUAUAAAUAUCAGGAUACUAUGGAGCAGCUAAUAUAAAUAUCAGGAUACUAUGGGCCAGCUAAUAUAAAUAUCAGGAUACUAUGGAGCAGCUAAUAUAAAUAUCAGGAUACUAUGGAGCAGCUAAUAUAAAUAGCAGGAUACUAUGCACCAGCUAAUAUAAAUAUCAGGAUACUAUGGGCCAGCUAAUAUAAAUAUCAGGAUACUAUGGGCCAGCUAAUAUAAAUAUCAGGAUACUAUGGGCCAGCUAAUAUAAAUAUCAGGAUACUAUGGGCCAGCUAAUAUAAAUAUCAGGAUACUAUGGAGCAGCUGAUAUAAAUAUCAAGAUACUAUGGGCCAGCUAACAUAUGUAUCAGGACACUAUUGAGCAGCUAAUAUAAAUAUCAGGAUACUAUGGGGCAGCUAAUACAAUUAUCAGGAGAAUAUGGGCCAGGAUACUAUCAAGGACCAGUUAAUAAAAAAAUAUCAGGAACUUUGGCAGCUAAUAGAAAUAUCAGGAUCAGAGAAUAUUAAUAUUAAAAUUCAAUUGACUACCUGUAUGUAGAAUCACCUUAUAUUCAAAUAUAGAGAAAGAUAAUGCACGUUGUAUGUCUAUAUUUGUAUUACAUUUUUCACAGUACAAUAUGAUAUUGUUGAUCAACAAAUGUAAAUAAUUGAAUAAGGGCUAUAAUGUGAUAUAAUGCAAACAGAUGAAACAAAAAGCUAUAAUUCUAAAUAAAAAACGAUGAGUACUGUACCUAUAGCUAUAUAAUUGAUCAAUCAGAAGACAAAAACGGACAAGCUACAAACCAAUGGUCUUUAUGUUUAAUAAAAAAACAGUAUUGUAGUGCACCAAUAGCUCAAGAACUGAUCAAUACAGACAAAAAGAGCUAAGCAACAAAAAAAUAAGUUAUUGACACUGGAAUCAAAGUGAAAGAAUGCUCAAUACAUUUAUUGACUCUGACUGGUGUGUUUCAUCAACAUGAAAUGAAAAGUAAAAUGACGAAUCUAACCAAGUAGGAGAAUCAGCAAAAGGUGAUGAAAAUAUAUUGUAACUGUAUUGGCGACACAAUUACUAAAUGGUAACUUUAGGAUUACAACACAAGGAUUAAUGAAUGGAAGAAGGUACAAUAUGAUAAUAUGACAUAAAUGAUAACUGGUGAUCACAAAUAUAUAUGUAGCAGACUAACUCGUACAGCUGAUGGAUUAAAUAUGCCUAAAUCCAUAAAAUUCUUAGUAAAACUUUAUGUAGUAACAUGCAUUUUUAUUUCUGCUGUAUUAUUUUCACUGGAACUUUCAUUUACUUGUAAACAUACACAUUCAAUCAAUAUGCCAUUACAUUGUGGUAUUCUCUCUUUGAACAGAACACGUGACGUGUCUAAUUCUACAAGAGUGUUUCAGAGCAAAAAUAUAUUUGACAUUAUCUCUUCAAACAGAACACAUGACGUGUCUAAUGAUGCAGGAGUGUUUCAAAGCAAAAAUUUAUCGGAAAUACGACUCACACCUCCGAGAAAAAUAACUAUGGAAGAUGUUAUGUCACAGAGGAAGAGCCGUGUUGAUGCUAUUUGUGAUAAAAAACAUCCGAAAGACAAUUAUUUGAGAUACACACCCCCACGGUCACAUUUCAUUGUGGUAGAUCAGAAAUACAAGGUUGUGUAUUGUAUGGUACCAAAAAUUGCAUCGACAAGUUGGACAAAAAUGUUCCUUGCCCAACAUGAGCGAAAAACGUAUGAUAAAAUAUCUUGGAAAUAUUGGCUUAGUCAUUGGCGGACGCAUAUGAAAGAUCUGAAUAUAUUCUCAAAAGUCCAGAGAAAGACGAUUCUAACGACGUAUAAAAAGUUUCUUUUUAUAAGGGAUCCCUUGGAUCGAAUACGAAGUGCAUUUAAUAAUAAAUUUACAAGAGCUGGGAUGUCAAACGAACCAGAAUUAAAAGCCUAUGGUCAACGAUACGGAAAACGAAUCAUUCAACGAUUUCGGAAAAAUCCAGAUAAACAAUCUUCCAGAACAGGUCUUGGUGUUAAGUUCCCCGAAUUCAUACAAUACAUCACAUCAAAUGGAUUGUAUAAAGCAGACGAACAUUGGAACUCUAUUUAUAAUCUCUGCCAGCCAUGCCAUAUACGCUACGACUAUAUAGGGAAUUUUUACAAUGUGGUUGAGGAGAGUAAAUUCGUAAUGGAUCAUAUCGGGUUAAAAAAUAUCACAUAUCCUUCUGAAAAUAUUCUCCAGGUGAAGAAAUCUAGCCAAAGUGCCAACGUCAAUAUGAUCAAAAAGUUUUAUGAAAGCAUUCCUCAGGCACAAAAACAUCUUCUUUGGGAUAUGUAUAAAAAUGAUAAUGAAUUAUACGGAGACUUGUUUAAUUUUAUUAAACUUUAGUAGAAAAUUGACUAUUUUGAAAUAUUUUUAAAAUCAUUGUGCAAAAAUAUUUGGAUACAAUUUAAAUAUUCAGAAAUUAUAAUGAGACAAUUACAUGAAUAUCAUAUAUUCAUAUAUAUUAUUUAUAUUAUAUAUAAGGUUUUAUUUCAUAGAAUUUACGACAUAAAUUAUGUUAAUUUGUGGCUUUUAUGUUUGAUGAUUUAUUUUAAUCAAAACACUUUAUUUCAAUGAUUAUUACAUCAUAGAUGUUAGUUUAAAUAUUCUUAACAUAACAUGUGUUUUGAGUUGUAUAAACAAUGAUCUUGAAUAAAUUAAUAGAAAUACAUUGAAA